AUGGUGACAGGAUUUUUAGUCGUAUUUGGCCCAAAGCGGCUAGAUGAGGAACCGAAAGCAAUGAAAGGAUUCCCCGUGCAAGCAGGAAUGGGGGAUGAGAUGCGUGCCUGGUUCCUGUUCCUCAUUCCCCCAUUACUGGCUGCGUCUGUGAAGGAGAAGGAAUCGGGGGAAGUGGACCCGUUGACAGAGCUGCAUAAGGAUUUGGCCCAAAAAGCAGUUAACGACUACAAUGCGAAGUCAAACGAUCUGUACCGAUGGGACGUCUAUACAAUCGAUCAAGUCCAUCAACAAAUGCACAACGGCAUUCAAUACAAUAUGCAGUUAACACUUGUACAAACUGACUGCCGAAAAAUGGGCUCCCAGCUGUCUCGUACGGACUGUAAACACACGGAUCGACUGAAGAAAUGCACCGCCCAAGGUGAACAUCGAGCUUGGGAGAACUACGAGAACAUCGAAAUUCGACACUGUGAGGAACCGUACAGGCGAGCAAAACGAAUGAUUAAAGAAUCGAAAAGGCCUAUCGAGUACGCACGGCUCAGCCGGCACAUCAAGCCGAAAGACUAUGUGGCUUGGAAUCAAUUCACCGACUUCAUCGACAGGCACAAUAAGAUCUACAGUAACAAACGUGAAGCGCUGAAGCGAUUUCGAAUCUUCAGGCGGAAUUUGAAAGCAAUCCGCACUUGGCAAGAGAACGAAGAAGGCACGGCUGUUUACGGGAUCACACAGUUUUCUGAUCUUUCACCUGAAGAAUUCAAAAAGAGUUUUGAUAGUAGUUUGACGAAAGCCACGCGGUACCGUUUAUGCUGUACCACCAGGUGGUAA